AUGAAAUUGAAGGCACCCAAGGAGGACCAUGAACUCCCGUUAAUGACUACAAAUUCCUGUCGGUCGCAGAGCCCAAUUGUCGACAAGGAAGACCAGCCGAAGCGAGGUUUCCUGCAAAGAUGGCGCUAUGGGUGGAAGGUUACCCUUUCCCUGGCAUCAGCAGCCUGUGUCGUAGUUCUCGCCUUCAACCUGGGUUUCCUAUCGUGGGCUGCUGCUCGUCAUCGUGUCCACGAUGACCAGGGAGUUCUGUAUGAAGGCAAAUGCGACCAUGUACGGCAUCUAAGCACGGGUAUCCAUUUGCUCAUUAACAUCCUGGGCACGAUCCUGCUAGGCGCCAGCAAUUUUUGCAUGCAAUGUCUGUGCGCGCCCACGAGAAGGGACAUCGACAAGGCGCAUGCGAAGGGCAACUGGCUGGAUGUCGGUGUCCCGAGUAUUCGAAACCUCCUCUACGUGUCUAGAUCAAGGUCAUUUAUGUGGAUAGUCCUGGUUCUCUCAUCAUUCCCUCUCCAUCUUGUCUACAACUCCGCCAUCUUCUCUACCACGGCGGGAUAUUCGUAUACAAUAUUCGCUGGUCCCAAUCCUAUUGGGAAAAGCGGUCCUCCGAAUAUCACAACUAGUGGCCUUUCUGAUGAGGUACAAGCUAACCUGAGGAGAUUCUACAACGAUGCACGCGAUGGCUCCAAUGAAUAUGAACUGAUGGACGGCACCGAAUGUAUAAACGCCUACGCAACAACUUAUCAAACCAAGUAUGGCGACGUUCUCCUGAUCCCUCCAGCUGACAACGACACCAAUCAAUAUGCCGUGGUCGAUGGUCAGAGCGUAUUCGAUCCCUCCUCGUAUACAAGUUCUCCAGCCCCCUCCGGCGACCCAUUCCAGUGGCUAUGCCCCCCAGCUCCGAACGCGUCUUGCAGCUCCUAUGUACCCAGCCUUCAAUCACAGGCUGACCAGGGCAACUGGAUUGUCCAUGUGGAUUCUGGUGACUACCACGCAGAUUCCUGCCUCGUCCGGAAAGUCCCGGAGCUGUGCAAGUUGCAGUACUCUCUAGCGCUCACGAUAGCCGUGAUCGUGGCGAAUGUCAUAAAAGGAGUCAUCAUGCUCUAUAUGGCUAUUACAGCAGCAGAGCCGCCCAUGUUGACCACGGGGGAUGCAGUUGCUUCUUUUCUGCACCAGCCGGACAGCAUCACCCUGCGCAAAUGUUUGGUUACCGAGAAGGAAUUCCAGCUCAAGAAUAGCGACCCUUUACACGGGAGGCCGUAUGAGCCUCUUGCGUACAGCGCAAAGCCAAAGAGAUGGUGCUCUGCAGUGUCGCGGUCGAGGUGGUGGAUCAUUUCUUUAAUAUGGGCCCAUUGCGCCUUUGGCUUCAUCUUCUUGCUGAUCGUUACGGUAGUAAGUGACGGAGGUGCAGCCUGGGAUGCCGAGUUUGGCGCCAUCAGCGCUCAAGCCAUAAUCAGAGCCGGGGACUGGCCCACGUCUGUCGUCGGCAAUACCAUUAUAGCCAAUAUUCCGCAGCUUAUAUUCUCGGGUCUCUACUUCUCCUUCAACGGUAUCCUGACCUCCAUGACCUCCGCUGCAGAAUGGAGCAGAUUCAGCCUCUCACGCAGGGGGCUGCGUGUAUCCUGGAAUCCACAGGGCAGCCAGCGAAGCAGCUAUUUCCUGUCACUACCAUAUCGAUACGCUAUUCCUCUGAUGAGCUGCUCUGCGCUUCUGCACUGGCUUAUAUCGCAGAGCUUCUUCCUGGUGGGGAUCGAUGCUUAUAGAGUGGGCGGUGGCCGCACACCGGAGAACGAUGUCAUGACUUGCGGAUAUACCCCUCGUGCAAUUAUAUCGGGCAUAGGUGUUGGUAUCUUCAUGUUUAUCUGCCUUAUUGCUGUGGGUUGCAAGAAACUAGCAUCUGGCAUGACUGUUGCCGGGAGCUGUACCUUUGCAAUUGGUGCCGCGUGCCAUCCGAUGUUUAAUCCUAAUAUUAGGGAGAGCAAAGUCUUGGAUCCACCAGAAGGAAUUGAAUUUAUGCCUCUGAAAUGGGGCGCUGUUCCGGUUGAUGGACCAGUUGGACAUUGCGCAUUCUCUGAGAAGAGCGUCGAGAUGCCCCAGCAGGGGAAUCUGUAUCAAUAG